AUGCGAGGCCUGUGGCCAUCGUUCCCGGACUCCCGGUUUGUGACCCGCUCCAGCCACCUGGUGGCCCGCGGGGGAAUACAGCAACCCCGGGACUCCCCGUCCCCCUCCUUCCUCAGUGUUCCCUCGGCUGAUCAUGGAAUAAAACACCCCCCUCUGCUGCUUUUCUCCUCAGGUUAUUUCCAUUUGAGAACUAAUGAGGCGGGAAGGAGACAUCAGGCUGGAACCCAGAGGCAGGAGAGAAGUGUCCACCGACCCCGCCCCGCGUUCCAGAACGUUCCCUCCAGAGCAGCGGCUCCCACUAGGCGGGGUCCUAGGGUUCUCAGCCAGUCUGAUGAGGGUGGCGUUUUUCCCGGCCUGGGACACCGAAGUCUCCAUUCUGCGCCAGAAGCGGGGAGGGCCCAGGGAGACACGAGCACAGCUCGCCUGAGAGGCACCUGGCGUCAGCCUGCAGCGGCCUUUCCCUCUCCGGUGGGAGCUGGACUCCCAGAAGCCCCCACGGGGACACGGUCUACGCGCCUUCGACCCGCGCCCCCGCCAGGAGAACCGGACCUGCCACUGCGGCGGGGAGAAUGUCUUGGACGAUCAGCGCGGCGCCCAGGCCUCAACCCGCCAGAAACCGCCACGGAAGCAGCACCGCCCCCAGCGCCCCAGGAGGUGGGAGCCGCGCUGGAACCAUUGCGAGGAGAUCUGAAGGCCCCCGUGGCCCCCAUCCUCCGGACCGCUCUGGCUGCUGCGCUGAGGAGGGCUGAAGAGCAAGCUGCCAUGUUGUGAGCAGCCUUAUGGAGAAGCCUACACAGUGAGACCUACAUGGUGAGAAUUCUACAUGGUGAAUUCUUAGUAACCAGUGAGAAACUGACGCCCAUCCACAACUGCAUAAGUGAGCUUGGAAGCAGAUCCUCCAGCCCCAGUUGAGUCAUAAGGUGACUUUCUGUAAGAAGUUCCUCAGCUUACAGCUUCUAGAAGAAGAUGGGGGGAGCACUGAAGCCAGUCCUUUCUGGCACCAGCAACGUGGUGAGUGUAGUGAAAAAAACAUGGGCUUCAGGGUUGGACUGGGCUGGAUGUAGGCUCACUUAACCAACUGUGUGAUCUGAAAGGCAUGACUUAACAUUCAGAAACUCCUUUUAAUCAUUUGCAACUGGUGAUAGUACAACAAUCACACACAUGGUAAGCUCAUAUUGAGAUUAAUUCUGCCAAGUGACUGGCACAAGAUACACAUGAUAGUUCACUCUCUUUCGUUCCUUUUUCUUGUUACUCAUGCCCUCAGGGUAUUUUCUUACUGCUGCCCAUCUCAAAAAUGCCAACCACUUACCCAAAACUCAGGUGUAAACUCCCAAGCCUUAUUCUUGAACAGCAGUGGAUUUAUUGUGAAGUUACUGAAAUUCAAGUAACAUAGAUUAUCCCACAAGUAGCCCCUUUCAGUGCCCUGUACCUAAUUUUGUAUUCUUUAUUUCCAAGGGGGUCCCUAAUCACAAUGAAAAUAUAUCAGAUUCUAUGGGAUGCAAUUCAAGCAGUGAUAAGAAAAUCCAUUGUGCUAAACACUUUAUCAAUGAAAAUAACAUGAAAUGAAUUAAAUUUCUAGCUCAAAGCACCAAGAAAUGAACAAUAAAGAAAAGCAAAAUAAAGCAUAAUAAUAAUAAUAAUACUAAAGCUAAAGGUGGCCAGUCACUGUGGCUAAGGUCUGUAUUCCUAGCACUUUGGGAGGCUGAGGCGGGAGGAUUAUUUGAGCUCAGGAGUUCCAGACCAGCCUGGGCAACAUGAUGAAACCCCAUUUCUACAAAAAAUACAAAUACUAGCUGGCUGUGGUGUGCCUGUAGUCCUGCUACAUGGGAGGCUGAGGUAGAAGUAUCACUUGAGCCUGGAGAGGUCGAAGCUGCAGUGAGCCAUGAUCUCACCACUGAGCUUCUGCCUGGAUGACGAAGUGAGACCCUGCCAAAAAAAAAAAAAAAAAAAACCUAAAAGCAAAAAUUAAUGAGAAAAUGAGCAGACACUGGAUAUAAUUAAUAAAUAUAGUUUUUAAAAAAAAAAUCUAACAAGAAAAAUGAGGGAAAACCAUAAAGAUAGAAAAUUUAAAAUGACCAGGGGAAAAUAACCAUUGGAACAGAAAAAUUUUUAUUAAUUAUAAGAUAUGAUAAAUUUCUAUGCAAAUAAGUUUGAAAAACUGGGUGAAGUAGAUAGAUGUUUUCCUGGGGAGAUAAAAAUUACCAAAAUUGACCCUCACUAGAGUUUGAAAGUUUAAAUGGAUGAAUUUUAAUAAAAGAAAUAGAAAAAUAUAUUAAGGAAUUACCUGCAGUACAGCACCAAUGGCUUUGACAGGAAAUUCUACCAUAUCUCCAAAGACCAGCUAUCCCAGUGUUCUCUAAAAUAUUUCAGAGCACUGAAAAAUUCAUUUCCCAAUUCAUUUUAUGAAGCUAAUAAAACACUGAUACCCAAACCAGAUCAAGAGUUUACAGAAAUAUACAUACCAAUAUCAUUAAUAAAUAGCAUUGAAAAUUUUUGAAAUAAAAUAUUAGCAAACAGAAUCCAACAUCACAUUAAGAAAAUAAUACACCAUGAAUUAAUGGGAUUUAUUCAGUAAUUCAAGGUUGGUUUACUACUCAAAAUCCAUUAAUAGCAUAGUCCACAUUAAUAAACCUAAGGGGGAAAAAAACAUAUGAUUAUUUCCAGAGAUGCUGAGCGGGCCUUUGACAAAAUCCAAUACCCAGGCUGGGCGCAGUGGCUCACGCCUGUAAUCCCAGCAGUUUUCGGAGGCUGAGGCAGGCAGGUCACAAGGUCGGGAGAUGGAGACCAUCCUGGCCAACAUGAUGAAACCCUUCUCUACUAAAAAUACAAAAAUUGGCCCGGCAUGGUGGUGCGUGCCUGUAGUCCCAGCUACUCAGGAGGCUGAGGCAGGAGAAUUGCUUGAACCCAGGAGGCAGAGGCUGCAGUGAGCUGAGAUUGAGCCAUUGCACUCCAGCCUGGGUGACAAAGUGAAACUCUGUCUCAAAAAAAAAAAAAAAGCCAAUACCACUUCAUGAAACAAACAAAAAUCAACUACAACAAAACAAAAACCCUCAAGAACAUAGGAACUGAGGUAUCUAUCUUUAUACAUUAUUUGUGCAUUUAUUUUUGUCUUAAAGCUAGUAUCUUAUUUAAGGGAGAAACAUCAAAGGCAUUUCCUCUAAGAUCAGGCACAUGACAAGGAUGUUCUGUUUCCACUACUCUUCAACUGUAUUAGAGAUGUCAGCCAAUGUAAUUAAACAAGAGAAAUCAAGUAGAAUCAUAAGAACUGGUAUAGAAUUGUGAAGACUACUGUGAAGAUUAUUUGAACUAAGUUAAUAAGAUAGUCCUGGAUGGGCUCACAAUAAAUGCUAGUCUUUUUUUUUUUUUUUUGGAGACAUGGUCUCUCUCUCACCCAGGCUGGAGUGCAGUGGCACUCCAGCCUCAGCCUCCUGGGCUCAGGUAAUCCUCCCACGUCAGCUUUCCAAGUAGCUGAGACCACAGGUGUGCACCACCCUGCCUGGCUUUUGUGUGUGUGUGUGUGUGUGGAAACAGGGUCUCACUGUGUUGCUCAAGCAACUCUUGGGCUCAAGCAAUCCUCUCACCUCAGCCUCCCAAAGUGCUAGGAUUACAGGUAUAAGCCACUGUGCCUGGCCUCCUUAUCACUAUUUCUAAGUGAUUCACUGGUAUUACCAUUUCAGCUCCCUAUGAGUUCCACUGGUGUCUUUCUUUUGCCUCCCCAUAGUUCCCUGCCACAGCAGUCUAGAGAAGAGCAAGCAGUCUGCUAUGAUGGAAGGCCGGAGAGACAGGCUAACAUUGUGACAUGCUGACGCUUGGCGCAUGUAUGAGCCCAUGCAAAUCUUUUUACCACUCCAGAUGUUAGUCUCCUCAUCUACAAAAUGAGGAGAGAGGCCUCCAUGCCUGACACCUCUCAUAUUUUGGUGUAUGAUUACUGUUUGCUUCCACCAAGCAGAUAUGGGAUGGCAGGAGAAACAGCUCAUGACCAGAGCAGAAUAAUCCCAGAAACUCUCCUUGCCUGGAAUUCUUUUCUGCCUAAUAUGAGACCCUGCCCCCAUUAUGAAAUGUUCCUUUGGGAUCAGAAUUCAUGAACAGUAUCUAAAAGAUUCUGGGAAAGCCUCCAUAGACCUGGGACCUACAGCCACUUUGCCAGAGAAGAAUGAUGACUCAUCCUGAAUUUUGGCUCUAGCUUCUUUGUUAGGGCAAAACACAUAGAUCCUGCCAGCUGUUGGAAUGAAAGGAGCAUUUUUCUUGAGACAGUGACAAGCCUGAGGCAAGGGACACAGUGUGAUGAGAGUUCCCACUCAGAAACGGAGGUGCUCCUUAAGAGUCUGACAAACCCGCCCCUUGAUCAAACUUGAGUAAGGCUUCUCUGAGUCCAGUGUCUUUUUAUUUUUUGAUUUUUUUUUUUUUUUUUUUUGAGACAGUGUCUCACUCUGUCACCCAGUUUGGAGUGCAGUGGAGCAAUCAUGGCUCAGUGCAGCCUCAACCUCCUGGGCUCAAGUGAUCCUCUAACCUCAGCCUCCCAAGUAGCUGAGACUACAGACAAUGCACCACCAUGCCUGGCUGAUUUUUACAUUUUUUUGUAGAGACAGGGUCUCACUGUGUUGCCCAGUCUGCUCUUGAACUCCUGGACUCUAGUGAUUAUCCUACCUCAGCCUUCAAAGUGUUGGGAUUAUAGACGUGAGCCAUUGCAUCCUGCCUGAGUCCUCUUUCUGACUUUGGACUCAGUCCAGUUUUAGAAAGAAUUCUCUGGAGUCAGUUUAGCAAAAAUCUCCUGUCCUUGUAUCUGAUCACAUUCCUCAUUCCCUACCCUAAUAGCUUAUCACCCUGGCCUGCCUUCAGCAAGAAUCCUAGCGAGUUGGUCUAUCAAGAAUUGCCCUAGCCCUCUUUCCUCCUAGUACUUUUCUAUCUACUGAACCCAACCUUGCUCUGUGGUCAUAUAAAUCUCCAUUUGUCCUGCUGUGUCUGGGGUUUAAUUUUAUUGCAGAACCCCACUGCAGUGGCUCCUGCUUGAAUAAAGUCUUCCUUACCAUCUUUUUUUUUUUUUUUUUAGACAGAGUCUCACUCUGUCACCCAGGCUGAAGUGGAAUGGCACAGCUUGGCUCACUGCAACCUCCACCUCCUGGGUUCAAGUGAUUCUCCUGCCUCA